ACUUUGGAGGAAGUUGACCUGCAGGACUAUACUGGACUAGCCCACAUGUUACUCAAUAACAGAAAUAUUGGCAAUGGCAUUACUUACAGCUGCUGUAAAUGUGACUAACACUAUGUCACACCAUUAUUGUUUCGGAGUUCAGCCAAGGAAAUUGUAGACGAGCGACAAUGUGUUCAGUAAUGAGCAGUGUGAAGCCAGUUCAGCGGGCUCUGGCUAUCACGCUUCGCCUCCGAACGAACACCGAGGCCUCGAGUUACUCUGCAGCCCACAACAGGCGCGUCUGUCCCGGCGUGGGUGCAGGCGAAGCCCCGCUACGACCUCUCAGCAGGUCGUACUGCUCCAGGAUGGCGCUGCAGAAAGGACUGCUCUUCAGACAGCUGUUUGAGACGGAGAGCAGCACCUACACCUACCUGCUGGCUGACACAGAGACCAAAGAUGCCAUCAUCAUUGAUCCUGUGCUGGAGACCAUUGACAGGGACCUGAAGCUCAUACAUCAACUGGGUCUUAAUCUAAAAGUAGCAGUAAACACCCACUGUCACGCGGACCACAUCACAAGCACUGGGUUGAUGAAGAAAAGAUUGGUUGGGCUGAAAAGUGCCAUCUCUAAAUUCAGUGGUGCCUCUGCAGAUAUCCACCUGUCUGAGGGAGACAAGAUCACAUUCGGAAAACAUUAUCUGACAGCGAUAGAGACACCAGGACACACUGACGGUUGUAUGACGCUGGUGUCAGGGGACCAGAGCAUGGCUUUCACUGGGGAUGCUUUGCUCAUCAGAGGCUGUGGCAGGACAGACUUCCAGCAGGGCUGCCCUAAAAGGCUCUACAAUUCAGUCCAUCAGAAGAUUUUUACCCUGCCUGACCAGUGCCUCGUCUACCCAGCACAUGACUACCAAGGUCAGACGGCGUCUACGGUCGGUGAGGAGCGCCAGUUUAACCCGCGCUUGACCAAGAACCUGGAGGAGUUUGUGAACAUCAUGAACAAUCUUAAUCUCAAAAAGCCAGCUAAAAUAGAUAUUUCAGUGCCUGCUAAUCUGGUUUGUGGAAUACAUGAAGUUUGAAUGUUCUGCAUAAGGGAGGCUUUUAUCAAAUCAGCUAAGUUAUCACAAAAUGAUAAACCUUUACUCAUUUAUCUCCACACAGGAUUAACCAAAUCUGCUAACCAUUAAGUGCUUUAUUGUAUUGUAUAUUGCCUGUAAAUUUAAAUAUGUAUAUUUGAAUAGCUGUGAUCAUGCUUAAAAUAAAGAUGCAAUCUAUUUUUUAAAAUGUGCGCGAGGUACAGUACAUGCAUUUCAAUUUGGAUUAAAUUUAAUUCUGAGCAAUUUAACUCUUUAUUCAGCUGUGUUUUUAUUAAUAGCAGAAUUGUGGAGGGAAUGUACAAGAAGGAAAGCUCAGAUAAGAAUGUUCCAGUCAAGAUUUGGUUUAGUAUUCAUGAAUGCUUAACUUAGACAAUUGAGCUCUUCCACACGGCCUUUUCAGUGAUUCCGGACUGUGCUAGCCAAGGCCGCGCACACACCACCCAGACUGCUGCCAGCCAAAGCUUUUUUUUUGCAUAGCAGGAAAAUGAAACUACACUAUUUGCAUACAGUAUCACUGAGGGCUAAUUUUCCAUUGCGAAAGUUAAAAGCAUGUCAUGACCAUGUGUUUGUGUUCCAGAAGUGUAACGGUGUCUCAUUAUCACAAUAAGAUCCAUGCCAAGUAUCACCAAUGACGAGCGCCUCUGGAUUUCCAGAUGUUCUGUACACACUGCUCACAGCAUUUAAUUGUUCACUAGUACUGCCAGUAAGACAGGUUUGUUUGGGAGUGCCGGCCUCUGACUCAACUACAUGUACAACUAUAUACAUGUAACCUGUGUGAUAGUGAAGGACUGAUCAUGAAGUUUUGAAGGCCAGUACCAGUUAAUAUUUUUACUCUUCCCAUGAAGCAGAUUGGGUAUUGACCAUGAUGUGACCAAUCUACAUUAAAUACAGUUUUCUGUUUGUUUGUUUUACAGUUAAUGCCAGUACAGAAGUCUGUUUUACAUCUUGCUUACAUUUACUCAGUCAUAGUGGAGUGCUGACUCAGUUUUUAUAAUUCAUCCUCAUAUAAACUUUUAUACACACUCAACCUCGUAUAAACUUGUAUACACAUUAUGGCUAACAUGAGCAGUGAUAGAAUGUAAGAAGUGCAUUAAAUAGUGUUCAAAAGUGCAACAUUGAUGUACUUUUGCAUACAAAAUAGGAUCUGUUAACAAAACAUGAAUUAUAGAAUAAAAACACUAUAUAAAGUAAAUAAA